AUGAGCGCCGGUCCACGUUACAGCGACGAGUCAGGCACGUUCUUGCUCGAAACGAGCCGUUUGGCUCGGCGCCGAAGAGCCGUCGUCGAGGAGCUGUGGAACCAUCGUCUGGCGUGGCCACCAGCACAACUGCAUCACGUUUACCAGGGCACGUUUUAUACGAGCCUGAAUGAUCUAGACGUUGCUCGAAGUGCCUUCCGCGAGUCUCACGUUCCCUUACGCGAAGCGUUGGGCACCGAAAUCCAAAUGCUUCUGGGUUUCGACCUUGAUAGUGGAAAGUGGUGCGGCCGUAUGCCUGCACCGCCUCCGUUGCCGGACAGUUUCGUGUACAAAGUGCUUUUCGAGUCCGGCUUGCCUUGGCAGGAAAGCGUGCUCGCGCUUGGGUAUAUCCCUUUCCAGUAUGGUUUAUCUGGCGAUGCUACCGAUCGGUUAACCCGGUUUCGUGAAACCUCUUGGCGCAAAGCACCAAGGGCGGCACCAGCAGGCGCACCCGAACAGAGUCGUGGACGCUCGCUAAAGAACAGCUCCUUGGUGGACACUACGCAACCAGUGAUAGUACCUUUGCGCUUGAGCGCCGUCCUCCUGGAGCAGGCAGUGACCUUUCUAAUGACAAGCGUUUCUGGAGCUUCUUUGGAGGACCCCGACACGAUCGUCGUUAGAGAACGCACGAGCGCUGUUCUCUGUGGAGAUGUACAAGUUGCUUCGCAGGAUGAAUCGACGCCAUCGUCGAUACCAACAUUGAAACCUCACCAUGAGUUCUCAGAUCGUGUACAGCAACAGACGCAUCGCGCCGAACCCGCCACGGAUAUGGCGGUUGGAGAAAAUAGGUCCAGGAGGACAACACCUGCUUGCGUGCGUCGCAUGAAUGUGUGCACUGGUGAAGCGCAUGCAACGGCACCUAGUAGAAUCACGUCGCCUACUCGGCCGGAUAGGUACCAAGCAGCGUUUGGGCAUCGAGCCAAAACAGGUCGAUUAGCGGCCUCAUCUCAUGCCAGCGCUGCUGAUGCUGCUGCUUCCGCGUCUACGAAUACAGCCCCAGCAGGUACGGGACAAUGCGAGCAGAAUGACCUGGCGCAGCGAGAGCGGCAUUUUUUGAUAGGGAGACAUAUCGCAAGGCUUCCAUCGAUGCUAGCGCGCUGUUUGCUCAUUCGUCUGAUUGCCACAAACCAGCUAACGCUGCCGCUGCUAUGCCUUUUCCAGGGAUUGGAGCUGCCGAUCCUUUCGCUGAGAUCGUGUCGUAUGCACAUCACCGACACGUGGAUGCCGUUAAUUGGGACUUUUGUGGGGCUCGAAGAACUCGAUCUCUCGUUCUGUCAUCGCAUCACUGACCAGGGUAUCCGUUUCCUCGCUAGGCGUUACGGAUCCGAAGAGAACACCGAGGAGCCGUCGGUGGCGUCGAGAACGCUGCGAUCGCUUUCUCUCCAGGGGUGCAACCAGCUGACCAAUACGGCAGUUUUACACCUGGAGGCGUUUCCGCGGCUGAAACGACUCGACGUGAGCGAUUGCCCCAAUAUGGGGAAUGCGGCGCUUCAGGUUCUCGCGGAGCGCUUUCGGCUGAGAGCACUCUCGGUUGCUCGUUGCGAGCGGGUCGGGAGCUCCAGCAUAGCGGCGCUGUUACGGGGAGAAAACCACAAUCGCAUGGCAUCUAGCAAAAGCGUACAGCUCGACCAGAAAGCACCCAUCGAAGAGGUACCGUUGGAGACCAAUGAAUGUCAGUUAGAGUUUUUGGACGUUUCUGGAUGCCCAGCUGUUGGCGAGUACGCCUUUCUUGGAUCCGCAACACGCUUCAGUAAUCGUAUCGCUGCGAACGCUGCAUCGCCGUCGACCGGCUUGCCGCUUCGGACUCUGCGUUUACGAGGAUGUACGCGGGUCAACGACACGGUUUGCGAACAAAUAGGGCAUCUGUUCCGAAAUCUGCAGGAGCUGGACCUUUACGGGUGUGCACGCGUUACCGAUCGCGGCAUACUAGACUUGGUACGAAGCCUCGAAGAAUCCCUCCAGGUGCUCUGCUUGGCGGAAACCCAGAUUACGGACAAGGGGCUCGCCGCAUUGGCACAGCUGCGGUGUUUGCGUCGCUUGCACCUGACCCGCUGUCGACGGCUGGAGUUUGCACCAGGUGUUAUGGAGAUGUUCUGUACCCGAAUGGCUGCGCAGGCGAGUCUGAGCGAACUCCGAUUGCGCUCUCUGCCUUCGGUGAACGCCCGAGUCAUCGCAGAACUGAGCGGUUUGUUUGUCGCGGGCGAGCUCAAGCAUUUGAAUUUGACGGACUGCCACCAGGUGAACGACGAGGCACUGCUGGCUCUGGGCGAGGCGCUGCGCGUACGCCUUAUGGACGCCACGCCUCGAACGUCGUCAAGAACGGGAAACUCCUCAGCUGUCGCCACACAGCGACCUCCGCGUUGUCUCGUACAAUCUUUAUCGUUACGGAAUACCGGUAUCCGCGAUACAGGCCUAAUAUUCAAGGUUUUUAUUGGCAUGCGUCAUCUGGACCUGGGCGAGUGCCCGACCCUAGAGAAACUGGAUACGCUCUUUGGCGACAUUGCCGAGGCGGAGGAAGCACUUGCACGUUUCGGACGCCGUUCGAUGCGCCUAGAGCGGCCUGCGGUGCCCACUGCGAACCGCACCAGUGCGCCUGCCUUCAGUGCCUACGAGGGCAUCGUUUCAGGCACCUGCAGCCGUGCUUGCCGCGAUUCGCAUGAUGACGUCGCAGACUGGCGAGGUCGCACAAACACCAACACAGAGGAUGCCGGCUGCUGGGCGCCUUGGGGCCUCGCGAACGCACGCGCCUCACAGGAAGCGGGGUUGUCCCAUGGACCAAGCGCACUGCCCGUGGUCCCUCCCUGGCUGAAUACGCUCGAAUAUCUGGACUUGUCCCAUUGUCAGUCGGUUUCAUUCGCAAAUCUGCGUACACUGCGCUCAGAAAGUUUGCGAAUCCUCAUACUCGAUCAUUGUUCUGGGGUGACAAACGCAUGCGUCGCCCUGCUUGCCUAUCACGUACCGAAUCUCCAGGAAUUGAGCCUGCGCUUCACUGCCGUUGGUGACCUGGGAAUUGCCGCUUUUGCGAACCGCUUCCGGCAUUUGGAGAAACUGCACCUUCGAGGCCUACCCGAUGUGACGCAUGUUGGCAUACGACGACUUGCUGCGUCUCCACUGGCGACGAAGCUCCGUGUUUUGGAGCUUGCCGAGUGUCCAGCGAUCGGCGAACUUGCGCUCGCAUCCCUGAAUGGCAUGAAAGCGCUCGAAUAUCUGAGCCUCAAAGGAUGCACCGAAAUCAACGACGCUGCAUUGCGGCAAUUAGAAGACGUACCAGUUUUGACGGUUCUUAACCUGCGGCAGUGUCCUUUAGUGAGCAGCAAACAGAUUGAAUUGUUGCGCAGUCGACUGCCAAGUCUUGUCGAAGUGAAAUUUUCAAAUGAAUCCAGGGGCCUUGCGGAGCACACCGGCACGCCGAGUGCGCUUGUGGAUAGCUUUCUCGCCUACGUUCAUGGCGGUUCGCGAAGAUCACCAACGGGUCGAAAUCAGGCGCUUGCGCGGCAGCAACAAGUCGAUGAGGCAGCACCGUCUCCGACUCGCAUUUUUCUGGACAUGUUUGACGCUUGGGAGAUGGGACAGCGUUCAGCCCGACGCCGCUGCAGCCGUAGUAGCAGCAGCGCAAACCGCUAA